CCCUCGCCAGCGCUGCGCGGGCGAGAGCCAUGCCGGAGGGGCGGCCGCGGCGGCGGGGGGCGGCCCUGGCCGCGGCGCUGCUCGUGGCGGUGCUGCUGCUGCUGCUGCUGCCCGCGCUGCCCGCCGCCCUCCUGCUGGGCGCCCUGGCCGCGCCGCUGCUGCCCCUCCUCGCCCGCCGCCCGCCCCGCCUGGGCGCCCCCCUGCCCGCGGAGGGCAAGGCAGUGCUCGUCACAGGCUGCGACAAGGGAUUUGGCCAUGCCUUGGCCAAGCGCCUGCACGCCGAGGGGUUCACGGUCUUUGCGGGUUGUCUGCUCAAGGACAAAGGAGGUGAUGGGGCCAGGGAGCUCGAGGGCCUGGGACCAGAACGCAUGGAAGUCCUGCAGGUCAACGUGUGCAGCGACGAGGAGGUGGCUCGCGCUCUCGAAUUGGUGCAGAAGAACUUGCAGGGCCUGGAUAAAGGUCUGUGGGGCCUGGUGAAUAAUGCUGGCAUCGCCUCCUUUGGGGACGUGGAGUUCACCAGUCUCGAGAAGUACAAGGCCGUGGCUGAGAUCAACUUGUGGGGGACCGUCCGAGUGACAAAAGCUUUUCUGCCUCUAAUCCGCAGAGCCAGAGGCCGAGUCGUCAACGUGACUAGCAUGCUGGGGAGGAUGGCCAGUCCGCGGCGCUCCUCUUACUGCAUCUCCAAGUUUGGGGUGGAGGCCUUCACCGACUGCCUGAGGCAGGAGAUGUACCACUGGGGGGUCGCAGUCAUCGCCAUUGAGCCCGGCAACUUCAUUGCCGCCACAGGCAUCCUGACCCAGGAGGGUGUCGAGGCCCAGGCGGAGGAGAUGUGGCGCCAGGCUAGCGAGACGGUCCGGGCCGACUAUGGCGAGGCCUACUUUCUGCAGCAGGCCCAGCAGAUGAAGGCCUUCGUGAACAGUGGCUCGCGGGACAAGUCUCUGGUCCUCGAGGACAUCAGCACGGCCUUGACCUCCCGGCACCCCUACACCCGCUACAAUCCCAUGGGAUCCCAGUGGUGGGUCCGGCUGCAGGCCGUGGCCCACCUGCCUACUGCUCUGGCCGACUGGCUCUACAUUGACUAGCCCCCAGCAGUGGCCUGGGCUGUGCCACAGAAGCACACACACACACACGCCCCAUCCUCUGGGCAGGAUUUCCUCCUUGGACCUGCUCUUUGCCCUGAGAGGCAUGUUUAUCAGAAGUCUUUGCUGAUUGUUUGAACUGAUUUUUAUAUUUUGUAAUCCUCCUUGAUUCUCCGUGAAAAGGAAAUAAAUACAUUUUCAAAGGCUGA